UCAUAAACCCCAUCCGAUUGCUAAUUGCUCGCUUCUCGCAGCACAGAAAUCAUACCUUAGAGGAAUUGCGAAAAUGUCGACGGUCGCGGCGGAGGAGAAGAAGUUGAUCACCUUGAGGAGCAGCGACGGCGAGUCGUUCGAAGUGGAGGAGGCGGUGGCGAUGCAGUCCCAGACGAUCAAGCACAUGAUCGAGGACGACUGCGCCGACAACGGCAUCCCUCUCCCCAACGUCACCGGCAAGAUCCUCGCCAUGGUGAUCGAGUACUGCAAGAAGCACCACGGGUCUCCUGACGGCACCACCGCCAAUGCCGCCGGCGCGGACGACGGCCUGAAGACUUGGGACGCGGAUUUCGUGAAGGUCGAUCAGGAGACGCUCUUCGACCUAAUUCUGGCGGCCAAUUACCUGAACAUCAAGGAUCUGCUGGAUCUUACCUGCCAGACCGUGGCUGACAUGAUCAAGGACAGGACUCCGGAGGAGAUAAGGAAGCUUUUCAACAUCGCCAACGACUUUACCCUGGAGGAAGAAGAAGAGGUUCGCAGGGAGAACCAGUGGGCUUUUGAGUGAAAAAAAAUGUCGUAUUGGGUCAACAAAAUUUCAAGCCAUGAUAGUUAGAGGCAGUUUAGUUUUUCUUGAGAGUGGUGGUAGUAUUAGAUGUUUAGUAGUUAGUUUGACUACUGCGUGUGAAACAAUUACUUAAACUGAGGAAUGCUUAUAUGAAGUUUAUUUAUAUUUGCCGGAGGCGUCGAGAUGCAAAAAGAAAUGUGUGAUUGCAUAUGCUUAACGAUAUGAUCAGGAAACUUACUCCCACUAGAUCUUGAAUGAGAAUGUGGUGAAGGUUGGGAGUGAGCUCGCUAUAAUUCAAAUAUUUUUUUAUAAAUGAGAUUGUACUUCGAAAGUCAACUCACAAAUGAUUUCCUUUAUGAUAUGUGUAAAUCAAGUCAAUCACAGCCGCUUGAGAUAAUUUUCAACGAAUAGCUCCAAACAUAGUAAAUAAUUAAGUCAUAUGAUAAUUGUCUUCUUCCGGUGGGGAAAUACCUACCCUCCAUUUCCAUUAAACCCAAUUUUUGAUAUUUUUUACCCACGAUCUGAUCGUGGACACAAGAGUGAAAAACUCACACAUUUUCCUCUUUUUUUGCCCUCUUAUCGGAGAUGGUCUAAACAAAGAGCGAAUGCCGACCCUUCUGUUGCGUGUAUUCACGGUAAGUUGUAGCCCCCAAAAUUAUCGUUUCGUUAGAAUGCUACUCCAUCAUUUAUGGAUUUUUGCGUUGCCCCUGAACAUUACAUAAAUGUAUUUUUUAGUAAAAGAUAAAAUUGUCAUGGACAUUUUUAGUAAAAGGUUCGGGAUGUUACAAAAAUCGUGAGGGUCAAGGUCCAAAGCGGACAAUAUCUUCGUCGGGAAAAGGUUCGGGAUGUUACAGUUUCCACGAAAACCUUUUUACCCCAGUUUGCGACUACUAGUAAACUAUAUAUACACAACUAUGAUGUUCCCAAUCACAUUAUUGCAAUCAGGGGCGGACCCAUGUGGUAGAGAGGUGUGUCAAGCGACACACCUCCGCACGAAUAUUUUGUGAGAGACCCAUGUUUUGUCGGUAUAAUUUUUUGGAAUUUAGGACUUUCGACACACCUUGAAUAAUUGUUAUCGACACACCUUUAAUACACUACGAUGAAAUUAGUGUCAUAUAGUUCCCAAAAUCCGUAAAUAUAUGUUAUUUAUUUUAAAUUUUAGUUAACUUAUGACAAAUUUGGGUUCUUUCCAUUGCUUAAGCAUUUAGAUGCAAGGGUUUAUUGCUUUUAGGUCUUAGGCACGGGUAAUCGUAAGGAAGUUGUCUCUUUUUUCUCUCUACCUGAUAAGUUUCGUUUCUUCUUGAUCCUUGUAGGUUUCAAAUAGUUGUCCACCUAGUGACAAAAAUGCUCUUUCAUCGGGAGUCUGGUUGCAUAUGGACUACUAUCUUAUAAAAAAAACUCCAAUGUUCCCUUUGCCUCUUUCGAUUCCACUUCUCGUUGUGUUACACAGUAAAAUAUAAUUACAAUUUAUUUAUUAUUUUAUUUAAUUUUAUCGACUGACACACCUUUACGAGAAUCCUGGGUCCGUCACUGAUUGUAAUGUGGUUCUAGCCUUGAGACACCACCAUGCUUGUUUCAUUCAUGGAACCAGAAGCCGAGGUUGAGGUUGGCUUGUCCUCUGUUUUGCACCUGUGGCCAGGCUAUGUCUUGUCAAGAUUAUGAACCGUUGCCCCACUCAACAUCAGCUAAGCAAAAAAAAAAAACAAUGACAUGUGAGAAUAAAUUACGAAGAAGAAGAAGAAAUCAUAAGAAAUACGAUCCAGUUGUUAGAAGUUACCUAAUUAAGAUUCCGUUCACCAUAAAACGGGGGCGUCGGUGGAAUGACAGCCUGCUGCUGAAGUUCGGCCAAAACCCAUGAAUGGAAAACUCAGUCGGAUAGGGGUUGUAGCAUGGUGGCCCAACACAAAGUAUUCAGAAGCAACUGAAUCUAAAUUAUGGAGAUAGAACAGAAGGAGAACAGCCAGUAAAAAUGACUUCAUCAU